UACUCAGGCCUGGUCACUUAUCUCAAAAUGGCGGACGAAUAACAAGGUCCCUGCAAACCUUGUUACUUAAUGACAUUUCUUCCUAUUUCGCUAUUCUGUUUUAAGGCAAAAUGUUUACAAGAAGAUGCAUGAAAACAAUGGUUAUCGGGUUUGAUGGAGGAGUCCCGGACAUGAUUGUUUUCUCACGGACUAGUUGGAGACGAGUGUUGUGCUCACGCCAAAUGGCUUCGUUUCGGGAAAGGAAAAGGUUCUACAAGUCUGCAGGGGUUGAGGAGACUGAAGGUGGAUUCCAGAUCACAGUUGAUAACCGAAAAGUAAAAACUCCGGCCAGGAAUUUGUUGGUAGUACCAAACCAAAAAUUAGCUGUUGCCAUGGCGUCUGAGUGGAACAUGCAGGCAGGCAGUAUAAAGCCAGCAAGUAUGCAUUUGACAAGCCUUGCCAACACCGUGAUUGACAAGCCAUCGGAAUGCUCUAAGGAUCAAAGAAUUGAAGAUAUUUUAGAAUACCUUUACUCUGACACAGUUCGUUUCCCUGCCUCUGACCCAGACAACUUAGUGGAAUUACAAAAGACCGAGUGGGGACCUCUCAUAUCCUGGUUCUCUUCAAGGUUUGGAGUGUCUGUCCCGAGUUGUGAGGGUCUACUAGCCACACCUCUAGAACCAGGAGAUGUCAACAAGCUCAAGUAUGAGUUGACAUCUGUCAAUCACUGGGCUAUGACAGGUCUCGAGUACGCUGUUGACACGUCCAAGUCUUUUAUCACGAGUAUGGCCCUGUUAGACAACCACGUAACCGUUGAGAAGGCCGCAUACCUCACAAGACUCGAGCUUGAAUUCCAGAUUGGCCGCUGGGGAAGUGUAGAGUGGGCUCACGAUGUCGAUCUCAUGGAACUGCGGUGUCGUCUUGCUGCAGCGGCGUUAUUCUAUCACCUCUGUAUACGGGGCAACUCAUAGCAGAUCACGAUAAAAAGGUCAUCAUUCAACCUGCCUAUACCGGACACUUACACAGUUUUACGACCUGUCUAGCUGGGCAACUCUUAACAGAUCACGGUACAAAGACCACUAUUUAACCUGUCUAUACCGGACACUUACAAAUGUGCAGGACAUGGCCUGUGUACAGCUGAAAACAGAUCACAGUCCAGAGACCGUUAUUCAUCCCGUCUUUACCGGACACGUCGAAAUAAGCAUUUGCUUAACUUUUUCCUAACAGAAUAUAGCGCAUUUAAUAACAAAUUGCGGAGCGUUUGAAUUAUUUUACUUGGCAAUUGAAGUCUCUACCGCUCUGUAACAUGCAAACUUUAGCAAGCAGUUCCAUUAAAGAGCCUGUUAAACGCCAUUUUGACAACCUAGCGUGAUACCUAGUGUGAGAAAGCAUCCGUUUCCACCGCUGAUUAAAUUUGGUAAUUUUA